CCCGAACAGCCCCCCAGUUCCCCAUCUACAGCUCCCACACUCUCCGUCAGUCAGAACAGCUUCCACCCAGAGCAACGUCUUAUCUGCAGCUACUUUUCCUGGGUUCAGACAGUUUGAACACGAUCAAGGAUAGAAGCAGAAAGCCGUUUGGGUUGUGCUGAUAUGGCAUCUCUGAAAACUGUGCUUUAUCUGGGAGUCUGUCUAUCUGCUUGGAUCAUCGCUACUGCAGAUAAGAACUUUGUGCCCAAAGCAGAGAAAGUACAAUGGGUAUCUUUGGACUUUAAAACCAUCCUCACCUGGACUACCAAAGCAUCGAACUACACAUACACUGUCCUGUACUCUGGGGACGACAGUGACUGGAAGGAGAGUCCUGACUGCAUCCGAGUGUCAGAGUCAGAAUGUGAUCUGACCAACUACCUCAUACCUUUCGACAGGACCUACACUGCUGACAUCCAAACAGAGGCUGAGACCAUGGACUAUGACCUGGAGGAGUUCCCUCACACUUAUUCCCCACACUUCAACCCCUAUAGAGAGAGUAACAUCAGUGCUGUGAAAUUCACUGUGGAGGCUGUAGAUGAGAGGAGAGUAAUUAUCAACAUCACAGAUCCUCUGACCAGUAUCCAUCGGCGUGGGAAGCAGCUCAGCAUCAGAGAUGUUCUCAAAAAUGACCUCAAGUAUAAGAUCAGCUACUACAAGUCUGGAAGUACAGGCAAGAGAGACAUCAUAUCUGACUCCAGUAUGGCAGAGGUGUCAGAGCUGGAUGCAGGACAGAGUUACUGCUUCAUGGUGGCAGCUUUCAUCCCCUCCAGACCCAAAAACACCCAGCAAGGAGCCUGGAGCAUACAGUGGUGUUCAAAUGGACACACCCUGAAAGAGUUGAGCCUUGGAGCGUGGGUUGGUGUAGUCUUCAUCCUACUCACAGUCCUCAUCAUCAUCGUUACGGUGACGGUCCUGUGCUGCAGAUGCUGCCGACAAAGAAACAAAACCCUCCAAACAUCUCAAUUAUCAGCACCUGUUUAGUGUGUGUGUGCGUGUGUGUUUUUCUCUCUGUUUGUUGGAGAACACUAUUUUAUAUUGCCAUGCUCUUUGUUUACAGUGUAAUGAGGUCAUUAUUUUUUUAUUUCAUAUUUUAAUUUACAUUAAAGGUGCAGCUUCAUCUGAUAACUUAAUAAGAAUUCUGCUUUUCAGGUAAUGCUUCCUGCAUUUUAAGCACCACCUGUGCGUUUCUGGCAUUUAUCCCAUGUGUUUGAAUGGCCUAUGUGGACCCACGCUCAUUAGUACAUCAAGAAUCGUGUACAGCUUUGUUUUAGAAUAUUAAACGGUAACAACAGCAGCAGUUUCAACUGAAAAAGUUUUGCCAGAAGCUAAUUAAGAUUAGAAAUGUGAUUUGUCUACCGGUUAGAUUGUAUGACUGCACACUAAAUGUAUAGCAUUCCCUCAAAACUUUUCCCCAAAUCUUACCUUAUCUACUUCUUUUAACCCAGUAUGUCAAUCCAGUUGCCCUCAGACUGUUUUUUCUAAACACAUUUUUUUAUAAUUCAUUUUCAGCUCAACUUUCCCUUUAAGUUCUGUCAGGACAAAAAAGUCCUUAAAGGACAAAAUACAAAUAACCACUACAAGUACAGUACAUGAAGCUAUUUAGUGGCAUCUAGUGGCUGCCCCAUGAAUGAUGAAUGAUGAUUCAUUAUUCUAUUAUUUCUUGUGUCACAAGAGUUGCUUUUGUCAAUCAAAAGGAAGGAAAAGCAAUAAAACACAAAAAAUGAAAA